UUUUAGAACGUUAAUGCUUUGUGUCCCAGUGAAAAUUACUCGUUUAAUGCAGUGUUUUUAAAAACAGGUAUGCAUCUUCUAUUGAUGAUAUUUUGGAAGAUGAAGAACAUUAUGCAGAUCAGUUAAAGGAGUACCUUUUUUAUGCAGAAGCACUACGGGCUGUGUGCAGGAAACAUGAACUUAUGCAGUAUGACCUGGAGAUGGCUGCCCAGGAUCUAGCUUCCAAGAAGCAGCAGUGUGAAGAACUUGCAACUGGGACUGUGAGGACAUUCUCUUUGAAGGGAAUGACUACCAAGCUCUUUGGUCAAGAAACUCCAGAGCAAAGAGAAGCCAGAAUCAAGGUGUUAGAAGAACAAAUAAAUGAAGGAGAACAACAGCUAAAGUCUAAAAAUUUGGAAGGCAGAGAAUUUGUGAAAAAUGCAUGGACUGAUAUUGAACGAUUCAAAGAACAAAAGAACCGUGACCUAAAGGAGGCCCUCAUAAGUUAUGCUGUCAUGCAGAUCAGCAUGUGUAAAAAGGGAAUUCAAGUUUGGACCAAUGCUAAGGAAUGCUUUAGCAAGAUGUAAUCCUAUGAAAAGACUUUUUCUUCAAUCAAAGUGCCCCAAAACAAAGCACAAGUAAAUAAAAGAAAUUUUAAGUUGCUACCCUGUAUACUUAAAAAUAUACAAUAAGUUGAAUCAGUUCAGCUUUAUUUUAACUGAUUAUAGUUGUGUUCCUAUAGCACAAAAAUGAUGUAUUUUAAUCAAGAUUAAAUAUUAUAAUUUGAGGUUUUGGGGACUGGUGCUGAUUCCAAAAAAAGUUAAUUUAAUAAUAUAUACCAACAGAUUAUUCAUCAGGCUUCUGAACCAAUGAUUGAACGUUAAGGCGUUAGUUAAUUUCUAGACGUUCCUUUCAAUGCCAACUCUUUCAGAUCUGUUCAUGCAGGAAGUUCUUUUCCUAAGAUUGGAUUCCUAUAUUUACUUGGUGAAACCCACUAACCUGUCAUAAGGGGGCAUUUUCUCUUGCCUUAUAGUUGAGCUGUUUGGUUUGACAAAGCUCAGCAGAAAUUUAUUGUGAAAUCUAGGUUUUUCUUCCACAUUUGUUGAUGCCCCUGUAACGCAUCAUACACUAGAAAAUGCCUUCAGUUUGUGUUUUACCAGAAUUUUGAUACUGGUCAGAAAUUUUAUACUGCCAACAAAUAAGUCUCAACUUCUCAGAUAUAGAGUGGAAUACAUUCUUUUGUCCAGGAAUUGCUAUAUAGAAAAUUUUAAUUGAGUAGAAGUAUUCUCAACAAUUCUUAACCUCAGUCAUGAGCCCAAUUUCCUUUGCUUGGCUCUCUGCACAUGGCAUUUCAGGGUACAAGAUGUAGCAUUUCCAUGUAUAAGAUAAAUGUGGUCAACACAUGAGCUCAUACCUUUAUCAUUAACAGCCUUCAUUUCUAUUGCUUGGCUAUAAUUUUUGUAAAGAUAAAUUAUAUUGCUUUUUUUAUGUAUGUUUGUGGUAUAUGUUCAGAAGCCAAGCACCCUCAUUUUCGUAGCUUUGCAGAAUCUUAAAUGUGUACUCAUUAUUUCUAAUGAUGUUUUAAAAAAUCCCCAUACCAUUCAACAUUUGACUUUUUUACAUGUUUAAAAUGUUGCUGGAUUUUUGUGCUGUUUGCCAAACUUAUACAAUAAAUAAAUGAAGUAUUGUGCUGAGUUUCA